GCUCAAAUUUCCUUGCUCAACUCACAGCCAUUUCUCAAAUUUCCGCACCCAUUUUCGACCUCCUGUCUGGCUAGCAUGCAACGCCUUUCUUUCUCCUGUUGGCCGUUCGCCGAACUCCCGUCGUUGGAUUGUUGACGAAACAGCCGCUUCGCCAGAGACUACUAUAGUAGUUGCACGUACCUCCUCGCAGCUGGCCGCUCAGCGGGUGGUACGUAGUCACCAUGGUGGUCUUUCAAUAGUAGAAGUACUACGGAUCCCAAACUCGAAACCUUCAAGCCAGAAUAUUCCUCCUCUCAGGAGACCAGCAACGAGCCACGACCAAAUAUCGGUUCGAUGGAGCGCCGCGCAGCGCUUCAUCUUUGCGCGUUGUUCCUGCUGACGUGUCUCGCGGUCUCACGAGUCAACUCCACGCGGUUCGAAUACUACCAAGGUCUGUACCUUAGAGAGCUCCAGAAGGACUGGGGCACGUAUUUCACCGACUGGGUGGUUGGCGGAGAGUGCAGCAACGCAAGCUUUGUUGCGUGCGAUGCCCAGGGCAUGAUAACCAGCAUGUAUUUAGGAUUGCGCAACUUGAAAGGAUCGAUUCCCCCAACCAUUGGCAGCUUGACCAAGCUGGCAGAACUGGACCUGUCAGAGAACAUGUUGAGUGGACCUAUUCCAUCGACCAUCGUUUCCUUGUCCACACUAUCGCAUUUGGAUUUACACUCGAACCAGCUAACCGGAUCUAUUCCAUCAACCAUUGGCAGCUUGAGCGAGCUGACUUAUCUGAAUCUGGAAGGGAACAACUUUGAUGGUCCUAUUCCACCAGCCAUCGGCAACUUGGGCAACCUGCUCACCCUCUACGCAGAUGGACCAUGCCCACCUGACUAUGACAGCUGCAUGGUCACACAAGACACUUCAAGUGCUUUUUGCCAAAAAUGCUCCUCCUUCUGUGACAAAUGUGACAAGCUAACACCAGGAGCCAUCGCUGGCAUUGUUGUUGCUGUCAUGCUUUUCCUUGUGGUGGUGGUCGCCGUGCUGGUAUGGAGGAGAGGCUGCUGCCAUAAAGCAGAGGCAACAUAUAAGGAGAACAAGGACGCCGUGCCAGCUAAGGGCUCCCAAGAACGACGUGGGGGGAGGGAGGAUCCUGAAUCAUUAGCAGCAGCCAUGGCAACAGCAGCAGCAGGAGGGAGAAACGAUGAUGUGGCGGUGGAGAUGGAGGCAGCGCGGCCACAUGUGUGCCAGGAGUACUCCCUGGAAGAGCUGGCAAAGGCAACGGCGGAUUGGGCAGAGGAGAACAGGAUUGGCAGCGGCAGCUUUGGGGAUGUCUACAAGGGCGUGUCUCCCCACAGCUGCACGCAAGUAUGGGCAGUCAAACGAGCCAGAGUGCUCACCAACGACUUUUUGACAGAGGUGAAGGAGAUGGCCAGCAAGCACCACCCCCAUCUUGUGCGGCUACUUGGAUAUUGUAUGGAUAUGAACACAACCACAAGGCACAUAGAGCAAAUCUUGAUCUACGAGUACAUGGAGAACAAUGACCUUGAAAGUUGGAUCGGACCAAGUGACUCUAACAUUCUUUCCCUGCGGCAACGGCUGGACGUUCUGAUUGGAGUGGCAAAGGGGCUGCAGUACCUUCAUGACUUUGGCAUUGUGCAUCGCGACAUCAAGCCAGCCAACAUUCUACUCGACGGAAAAAUGCAGGCCAAGAUAGCGGACUUUGGACUGGUGAAGUUAAGUGGUGGGACCUCCAUGGGGACGUCUGUGGCGGCCACUCGAGUGAUGGGAACACCAGGCUAUGUGGACCCCGCCUACUACAAGACACACAAGGCCACCCCAGCAGCAGACGUGCACAGCUUCGGAGUGGUGAUGCUGGUGGUCAUCACGGCACGCAAGGCUGUUCACGUGACAGAGGACAGCCAGAUCAGCCUCAAGCAAUGGGUGGCUCCAUUGGUGGCGUCCAGCACCGUGGCGGCAUUCAAGGACCCUCACAUGGAUGCACCAGAUGACUUGGUGCUGCGCAUUGCUCGCCUUGCCCUCACCUGCACUGCCAUGCCCACUGCCUCCCGCCCCUUCAUGGGUCGAGUGCUGGGCGAUCUGCUGGCGCUGAGGGAGGAGGUGCUUGGGGGUGAGGCGCACAGAGCUGCAUGCCGCAUUGACAGGGAGAUUGGCGCCUCAGCUGACUCGGAUUUUGAUGCCCAGAUGGCUCGUGUGGAGCAGAUGGUUGUGCAAAGUGGCUCUUCCACCAGCGUCUGAUCUGCAUAGCAUGGAGUAAAGUAAAAAGCAAUAUAUUUUACUCCUAGCUUAUUGGUGUCAACAAACAUAUAUUUACCGUAUAUGUAGCGAGGUUAGAUAUGUUUGUUAUAACCUAGCUAGGUCAGCUCUUAGGGUACAUUCCUACGACCCACGGCAGUUUGACCUUUCGCCCCUUUUGCCUUUUUUUCCUGAGCCGCGCGGCAGUUUGGUAAAAGCUUUCGUCACA